AUUUCAUCCUUGUCGGUAUCCUAAUUUUUACUUUUCUGCUUUCAUUGCCGGUACAAAACAGGUUGUCCUUCUCGGUCUCUUCAACGGUCAGGGUCUCGACUUGACCGCUCCAAACUGUCACCUGCUUAUGCGAAUCUCUCCCGGCGAGACGUACAUCAAAUGCGUCAUGAAGGAUGGACGGAUGCAGGGUGCCCUGCUGAUUGGUGAGACCGAACUGGAGGAGACAUUCGAAAACCUCAUCCUCAACCAAUUAGACUUGACAUCCUUUGGUGAACACUUGCUAGACCCGAACAUUGACUUGAGUGACUACUUUGACUAA